AUGAAUAGAAACUUAGUUUUUGUUUCAACAAUCUUUGUUUGUCUCGUAGUGGUUGCCUUGAGUAACCACCAGAAUGAGAAGAUUACCACUGAGGAAGCCUCUCCGCACCUUCUUGAGGUGGAUUAUGGGAGAUAUCCAACUUGGUUUUCUCUUUCUAAUCGUAAACUAUUAAAAACCGAAAUGAAACCCAAUUCAAUAGUGGCUAAGGACGGUAGUGGCGAAUUUACUACCGUUACUGAUGCCAUUAACUCAUACUCGUCGAAGAAAAAUCGACAUAGAUUCAUCAUCUAUGUCAAGGCCGGUAUCUACAACGAGUACAUUACGAUUGACAAGGACAAGACUAACAUUCUUUUGUACGGUGAUGGCCCUACGAAGACAAUUAUCACCGGAAGCAAGAGUCUCAAUGGAGGAGUGAAUAAAACAAUGAACACAGCCACCUUCACCAACCUUGCUAAAGAUUUCAUUGCGAAGUCAAUUACAUUUGAAAACACUGCGGGUCAUGAAGCUGGCCCAUCAGUGGCACUUCAAGUGGAAGGUGAUCGUUCGGCAUUCUUUGAUUGUGGAAUUUAUGGUUAUCAAGACACAUUGUAUGCGCACAAACAGCGCCAGUUCUACCGCAAUUGUGAGAUCUCUGGAACCAUUGAUUUCAUCUUUGGGCAUUCAACUACCUUAAUCCAAAACUCCAAAAUAAUUGUGAGGAAGCCGAGUCCAGGCCAUAGCAACGUUGUGGUGGCAGACGGAACAAAGCAAAAGAAUGCCCUAACUGGAAUAGUCCUUCAAAAUUGCUCGAUCAUGCCAGAUGUUGAACUUUUACCUGAUAGGUUGACGGUGAAGACUUAUUUGGCAAGGCCAUGGAGGUCAUUUUCUAGGGCAAUAUUUAUUAAUAAUGUUAUAGGUGAUUUUAUUCAACCUGAUGGGUAUUCUGUUUGGGCUCCUAAUGAAACAAACACUGCACAUUGUUACUUUGCUGAGUUUGGUAACACUGGACCUGGUGCUAAUACUCAAGCUAGGGCAAAAUGGAGUAAAGGUGUUAUUAGUAAGGAUGAGGCUGCUAAAUUCACUGCUGAAAAUUGGCUUCAAGCUAGCACUUGGUUGCCUGCCACUGGCAUUCCUUUCAGUCCUGAAUUUGAGUCUUGA